AGAACCGUUCUUGGCUCAGCAAUGAAUAACUGUGUGCUCCUGGAGGAGCAGCUCAUCAAAAAAUCCCAGCAGAAGAGAAGGACGUCUCCCUCCAACUUCAAAGUGCGCUUCUUUGUCUUAACCCAGUCCAAGUUGGCUUACUAUGAACAUCGCCAUGGGAAAAAAAGAACAUUGAAGGGUUAUGUUGAACUUUCCAGGAUUAAAUGUGUGGAAAUUGUGAAAAGUGACAUCAUUAUUCCCUGUCAGUAUAAAUACCCCUUUCAGAUUGUCCAUGAUAACCACAUACUCUAUGUAUUUGCACCCAAUCGUGAGAGCCGUCAGAGAUGGGUCUUUACUCUGAAGGAAGAAACCAAAAACAACAACAGUUUGGUUCAAAAGUAUCAUCCAAAUUUUUGGAUGGAUGGGAAGUGGAGAUGCUGUGAUCAGACAGAGAAGAUGGCAGCUGGCUGUGUAGAAUAUGACCCCACCAAAAACGCUUCAAUGAAACCUCUUCCUCCCACUCCUGAAGAUAACUGGAAGUUGUUGCUAGAUCCAAAGGAUGCCUUAGUCUUGGCCAUAUAUGACUAUGAAGCCCAGAAUCCACAGGAGCUGACAUUACAAUAUAAUGAGGAAUAUUAUGUCAUUGAUAACUCUGAAGAACAUUGGUGGCUGAUUCAAGAUAAAAAUGGGCAUGAAGGCUAUGUGCCAAGCAGUUACCUGGUGGAAAAAUCACCCGACAAUCUGCAAAUAUAUGAGUGGUACAAUAAGAAUAUGAACAGAAGCCAAGCAGAAAUGCUCCUCAGGGAUGAGUUUUUUAAAUUUUUUUUUCCAGAGAAUGCAGCUAAGCUUGCAAGUGAUCUUUGGCCAGCCUUCCCAUCAAUCUCAGUUUUCACCAAAGCAUUAAGCACAGACAACAAUCCUGUUAUAAAGCAUUAUCAUAUCAAUGAGACCAACGACUUUCCCAAGAGGUAUUACUUGGCAGAAAAACAUGUAUUUGACUGUAUCCCUGACCUCAUCAACUACCAUCAGCACAACGCAGCAGGUCUUGUUACUCGUUUGCGGUAUGCUGUCUGUUCCUGGAGAAAAAAGGCCCCAAUCACUGCAGGGCUGAGCUAUGGAAAAUUGGUCAUAAAUCCCUGUGAGCUCACCUUUGUACAGGAAAUUGGCAGCGGGCAGUUUGGGGUGGUCCACCUUGGUUAUUUGCUGGACAAGACAAAGGUAGCCAUAAAGACCAUUCGUGAAGGGGCAAUGUCUGAAGAAGACUUCAUCGAAGAAGCUAAACUGAUGAUGAAACUGUCUCAUCCCAAACUAGUCCAGCUUUAUGGCGUGUGCUUUGAGAAAUCUCCGAUAUGCCUGGUGUUUGAGUUUAUGGAGCAUGGCUGCUUGUCGGAUUACCUCAGGAGCCAGCGGGGCAGCUUUGCUAAAGAAACCCUCCUGGGCAUGUGCCAAGAUGUGUGUGAAGGAAUGGCUUAUCUGGAACAAAAUUCAGUCAUCCACAGAGACCUGGCUGCUCGGAACUGCCUGGUGGGGGAAUCGCACGUGGUCAAAGUGUCGGACUUUGGGAUGUCAAGGUUUGUCCUUGAUGAUCAGUAUACCAGCUCCACAGGUACCAAGUUUCCAGUCAAAUGGUCUGCACCCGAGGUUUUCUCUUACAGCAACUAUAGCACCAAAUCCGAUGUAUGGUCAUUUGGAGUGCUGAUGUGGGAGGUCUUCAGUGAAGGUAAAAUCCCCUAUGAGAAUCGCACCAAUGGAGAAGUGGUGGAAGAAAUUAAUGCAGGUUUCCGGCUCUACAAACCCAAGUUGGCCUCCAAGGCCAUUUAUGAGGUCAUGAGCCACUGUUGGAGCAUGAGGAAAGAUGAUCGGCCUUCCUUUUCUCUUCUGCUCUACCAACUGAGUGAGAUCUCUGAGUUUGAUCAUGACAUUGGCCAUUAA